AUGUGGAAGCCGUCGGAGCGCCUGAUGGAAACCAUCAGGCACUAUGCCAGCUUCCCCGCAACCGGGGUUUCAUUAAGACAAAUGGUCCAGUUUGGAGAUCGACCUUCCACCGGUACCCUCUUCCGUGCAUCCCAAUUCCUCUCCGAGGAGCUCCCCAUCCGUCUAGCGCAUCGAGUCCAGGAUCUGCGCGAACUGCCCGAUGGACUCAGCGACAUGCCUUCCAUCAAGAAGGUCCAGGACUGGUAUGCGCAAUCAUUUGAGGAGAUCAUUACCCUCCCCCGCCCUUCCCUGACCCAGGAAGUCAAGACUCGUCUAUUGCGGCCGGGUCGUAUGAAUGGCCCCUCCAAAAUUCUCUCCGAGGCUACUCACAACCCCAGUGUGCGUGAGGGCCAGUACCGAUCAUCGCCGACAUCGCUCAACGGCAACGGCAAUGGGAAGGCGGCUGCCGCAGCCGGUCGGAGAUAUUAUCUCCCCGCAGACGAUCACGCAAUUUGGCCCCCGGAACUCAACGAUUACAACCAGCGAUUCGCCACGACUCUCCAACAUAUCAAGCGACGUCACGACAGUGUCGUAACGACCGUAGCACAAGGCAUACUAGAAUGGAAGCGGGUCCGCCAGCGCAUGCAGAUCGACUCGACCAUACAAUCUUUCCUUGACCGCUUUUAUAUGUCUCGUAUUGGUAUACGAAUGUUAAUCGGACAGCACAUUGCACUCACGGAACAAACAAACGCCAGACACCCCAACUAUGUCGGUAUCAUCUGCACCAAGACCAACGUUCAUGAUAUCGCCGUGGAAGCUAUUGAAAACGCCCGGUUCGUUUGCGAGGACUACUACGGUCUGUUUGAGGCCCCCAAGGUGCAGCUGGUCUGCGAAGAGGACCUGAACUUCAUGUAUGUCCCCGGUCACCUAUCCCACAUGCUCUUCGAGACCCUCAAGAACUCUCUGCGGGCCGUGGUUGAGCGCCAUGGUGCCGAUCGCGAUCAAUUCCCGGUGACCAAGGUUAUCGUGGCCAAGGGUAAAGAGGACAUUACGAUCAAAAUUUCGGAUGAGGGCGGCGGGAUCCCACGAUCCGCGAUCCCCCUCGUGUGGACCUACAUGUAUACAACAGUGGAGCAGACGCCCAACCUCGACCCGGACUUUGACAAGAGCGACUUCAAGGCCCCCAUGGCUGGUUUCGGCUACGGUCUACCGAUCAGUCGACUCUACGCCCGCUACUUCGGCGGAGAUCUUAAACUGAUCAGUAUGGAGGGGGACGGCCGGGUUCGGUUCACCACCUCGCACCGCCUGCACCCUGACUACAUUGGGCCGGAUUCCACACCCGCGCCGUCUCGAGGACUGACGCUCAUGAACGUCCAGGCUCUCCGCACGCGUCUUCGCACUCGGGAAGUCUCGGAACGUAAGCAGGUGGGAGACGCCGAGAGUCUUUUCCACAGGGAGCAGCAGCUCUGGAGAGAUGAAGAUGUCUGA